CCUUGGCAGGCCGCCGGUUCUUCGCCCGCCAGCGAGCGAGCGAGGCAGCUAGCCAGCCAGCCAGCCAGCGGCCGCCGAGUCCCUCCGGCGGGGAAGGAACGGCGGCGGAGCGCUCGGCGCCCCGCGGAGAGCCGCCCUCCGCCUCCCCGGACCCGUGCAGGGGAGGAAAAGAUCUUGGUAAUCUAUAAAUAAGAAAGGCAAAUGCUACAAAGGAUUCAUGAUGAUCCCUUAAAUACAGAGGCCAACUAAAAACCAGUGCUAAUAUAUGCACGCUUUUGUGCCACAUAUUCAGGAUGAACCAGAUUUGAUUAUGCAAGCAAGACAGCAUUAAAUAAUAAGGAAUGAUCUUACCACGCACUGAACAAUCUUUAACCUCAAAAAAUGUCUGCUUGCAAUGCCUUCACUGAACAUGUGUGGAAACCUGGUGAAUGUAAAAAUUGCUUCAAGCCAAAAAACUUGCAUCAGCCGCCUCCAGGCCCUGAAAAAGCUCCAGUCUCAAAUUCAAAUAUAAAAACCAAUGCAAUUCACAGCAACCAGCAUAAUAAGAAUACAGGAAAUUUUCGGCCACCUGUGGCAAAGAAACCCACCAUUGCUGUGAAACCCACCAUGGUGACAAUAGAUGGACAGGGUAUGUGUGGUGAAAUCGACUCACAAGAUCUUUGUGAGAACAAACCAGCUCUUGUAGGUUGGAAUCAAAAUAUAACUGUUUUGAAGAAAAAGCCACUGAAUAAUAACAACAAUAAUGAAGAAGAGGAAGAAGAAGAGGUUGAAAAUUACAGCCAUAUUCAUAGGUCUUUUGGAAAUAAUGAUGAUACAGAUAAAGCUCCAAGCAACAAUAAUGGUCUCACUGAUGUAUUGAAGGAAAUUGCCGGUUUAGAUCAUUCAACUUUCCUAACAAGAAAUGAAAUUAAUUCAAGAGAGGUAUUCUUGGGACGAAUAAACACUUGUUAUAAGAAGUCAUUAGAAAGAAAGAUCCCUUCAAGUUGCCUGAUGGGUGGAACAAAGUCACAAAAUAAGCAUGUUGUAUUGAGUGGAACUACUGCUGUAAUAAGCAGUGAAGGUGGCCGUUUCUGCUACCCUGAAUUCUCCAGCGAAGAUGAAAGUGAGGAUGACCUGUUUUUUGGCAGCAUCCAUGAUGAUCAUGAGAGCUGGGAUGAAAGUGACGAAGAGUUGCUAGCAAUGGAAAUUCGCAUGAGGGGACAGCCACGUUUUGCUAACUUUAGAGCAAACACGCUGUCACCUGUUCGAUUUUUUGUUGACAAAAAAUGGAAUACAGUGCCUUUAAGGCAUAAGUCUCUUCAGAGAUUUUGUGCGGUAGACUACGAUGACAGCUAUGAUGAAAUUUUGAAUGGCUACGGAGAUGACCCUGUAAUUCUUUUUGGACCAGAAGGCGUGCAGAGCAUGGUUUCAUCCGAUUCUAUGUCCCCUGAUUCUUCUCUGACUGAAGAAUCUCAUUCCGGAACGGCCAGCAGUUCUUCCCAAAAGCUUUGCAAUGGUAGAGUGUCUCCCAACAGUCCUAAAGGUAGCAGAUUAAUGGAAGGAGGAGGUGAUAACAGGUUUUCUGAUGACCAGCAAGUUAAAGUUUCAAUUAAAAACACUGAAAACGCUACUCAGAUUGUAGAGACCCACAAAGCUGUGCUUGCCGUUAGGCUAGAAGAAAAAGAUAGCAAGACUGCUAUCCCCAGUGAUAAGCAAGAAUGGAAAAGUUCUUUAAAUAUGCCAGUUCAGACAACAACUAUAAAUCUGAUCCCCAUGGAAGAACAAGCAAAGCCUUACAGAGUAGUAAAUAUGGAGCAACCAGUGUGCAAACCUUAUACAAUAGUGGAUGUAUCAGCAGCCAUGACACAUGAAAGUAUAGAGAAUCGGGCAAAAAAACUGGAUACCAGAUACAUUUGGUCUAACCCAAAUUCACCAGAUGCCCUCAGUGCAAAUGCUAUGUCUCAUUCUGUGUCAUGUGGACAAGUAACUCCUAAUCUUAAAAAAUCCAACACUGCCAGAUACCAGGAAGUUUGGACUUCCAGUACAAGUCCGCGACAAAAAAUCCCCAAAGUGGAAUUAACUGCCAAUGUUCCAGGGCCUUCUGUUCCUGUAAGGAGAAAUAUCCAUAAAUCUGCUCCCACUUCGCCUACAUCAACACACAUUUCUACAAAAACAAUCCCGGUCAAGUCUCCUAACUUGUCCGAAAUAAAAUUCAACAGCUAUAAUAAUGCUGGCAUGCCCCCCUUCCCAAUAAUUAUUCAUGAUGAGCCAACAUAUGCUAGAUGUUCCAAGAAUGCCAUCAAAGUUCCUAUUGUAAUAAAUCCCAAUGCAUAUGACAACUUGGCCAUCUAUAAAAGUUUUUUAGGCACUAAUGGAGAUCUUUCCUUUAAAAAUAAAACCACUAGUAUCAUCAGCCAUACGUACGAAGAAAUAGAAACAGGAAGCACCGUAUCUGAAAAUAUACCUAAUAGGUCUGCAGAAUUACCCCAAGCAAAAGGUUCAGGCAAUAACACCGAGAGGAGACUGGGCUCUGUAGCUCAGAAGGUUCAGGAAUUCAAUAGCUGCCUUGGAAAAGGUCAGACUUCACCCAAAAUGUCUUGCCGUGGCUCCCCAACAAAAAUACAAAGAACUUUUCAGGAUUCUUUGGCUGAAGUAGAUGAUAAUCAGGAAAUAUCUAAUGACAGUCGAGAAAAUGCCUGUGCAGUACUGUCACAGAUCGUAGCAUCAAUCCAACCUCCACAAUCUCCUCCAGAAGCCCCUCAGGCUGGCCCUAAGUCUUGCAGCGUUGAAGAACUCUACUCUCUGCCUCCUGAUGCAGACCCAGACAAGAGCACCCCAGUGCGACCAAAAUCACUUUUUUCAAUGCAACCUCAUCCUAAUGCUGAGGGAAUCAAAGCCACAGAUGUUACAUCCAAGGAAAUCGCUUCCAAAUCUCCAGUCGUGCAGCCUUCAAGACUCAUGGCAACUUCUCCAAGUCCCAAAACUGAGCAGGCUCCCCCUUUCCCACCUCCCCGGUCCACCUCUUCACCUUAUCAUGCCAGCAAAGUGUUGCAAAAACAUUUCGGCAAUCGGAGCAAACCCCUGAGCCCAGCUAGAUCCACUGAGGCUGAAUCUGUUUUGCAUUCAGAAGGUAGGCGAGCGGUUGAUGCCAAGCCAAAGCGAUGGAUAUCCUUUAAGAGUUUCUUUCGCCGCAAAAAGACCGAAGAAGAGGAGGACAGAGAGAGAGAGAAAGGGAAACUUGUGGGUCUUGAUGGGACUGUCAUUCAUAUGCUUCCGCCGCCUCCUGUCGAACGUCACAAUUGGUUCAGUGAAUCCAGAACAGAUGCCAAUGAGAAACCGUCCGUGGUUUUUAUGUUUAAAUGUGAUCAGGCAAAGUUGGAAACAAAAAACAAUGAAACCAAAACUGAAGUGGAGCCCACCGUUGAAAUCAUGACAGCCGAGAGGGGAGAAGCCGAAAAUCAUCCAGAGUCACCAGAAGAAAACUUAAAGAGCCAUCCCUCUUCACCUCAACUUCCAAAGGAAAUUCUCAGCUCACCAGACCCCAGUGGAAUAAAUGCUUCACCAGAGUUUCGAGACAUGAUUAAAAGGCUCAAGAAGGCUCUGAGAGAAUUUCCUUUAAUGGGGAACUGUGUGAGUGAGUAUAGUGGUCAAGUGCCUGAUGAGAAAACAAAACCUGUGAAAAAUGUGUCCCCUCCAAUUCCAACUUCUGCGUUUGAAAAGCAGGACGUUGACAUCCCUACAUUCUCCACUCCAGAAAUAUUACAGUUGGAAGAUGAGAGAGAAGAAAUGUCUGAUUCUUCUGACGUGAGUGCCUGCAGUGCUACCUAUAGUAACUUGGGGCAAUCCAGAGCAGCGAUGAUGCCUCCAAAGCAUCCCCGGCAACUCAAGGGAGCUUUGGAGGAUGCCAUUGCAUUUGGGGGAAUAUCCGAUCCAGAAAUAUCAGCCGUCUUAAAUCCCACUCCACCUCCACUGCCAAAGAAGACCAUUUUGAGAGCACACACCGAACCACUCCCGAAAGACCUCCAGAAGCAGGUUGUUGAAAGUAGCCUCUGUGUGAUGGCUAACCCUACCUAUGACAUCGACACUAACUGGGAAGGAAGCAGCAUCUGCUCUUCCGUCAGCUCAGAAUUCAAGGCAGUGGACAAUGAAUCUGGGGAUUCUCUGGGCAGACCCCCAGAAAAGGCAGUUUCACCUAGCACCAACCUCGCUGCUAUCCGUAUGAAGAAGAGUGGUUCCACUAGCAUGGAGUCUGGCUCCGUUAGGCCUGUUACCCACAGUAAGCAGGGUAAAGCUGGCCCAAAGCCCCAUCAGCAAGCGCUUUACAGAGGAAUUGAAAACAGAGAAGAGGUGGUGAGCAAGAUCAGAAGCCUUCACGCAGAUUCACUGAAGAAACUGUCCGUCAGAUGUGAGGAUCUUUUUAUGGCCGGACAGAAAAAUCAGCUUCGAUUUGGGUUAGACAGUUGGUCAGACUUCAGAUUAAGCAGUGACAGGCCGUGCUGCGAGGCAGGAGAUGCUGUGUACUACCCUGCUUCUUAUGCGAAAGAUUCACUCAACAAUUAUGCAGUCAAGAUCUGUAAGAGCAGAGCUAAAGAAUCCCAGCAGUAUUAUCACAGUUUGGCCAUUCGCCAGAGCUUGGCUAUUCAUUUCAACAUACAGCAGGAUUGUGGCCACUUUCUGGCAGAUGUACCUGUUCGUCUCCUUCCAUGGGAAGAUCCCAAUUCACCUGAAGAAGAGGAUGAGGCUGAACAGAAAAGCGGAGAGAGCCUCUCUUCGGUGGAUGUUUCCCAGGACAGUCCAGGUCUCCAAAGCACCAUCAGUAAGCAGCGCAGCAGAGUUGUUGUUAUUACCCGGGAGGUUCCCUACCUAUCAGUGGCCGAUUUUGUGCGAAAUUCUGUGGAGCACCACUCUAGAUGUCCCGAUUUGUAUGAAAGACAAGUGUGCCUACUACUCUUACAGUUGUGUUCCGGUCUAGAGCACCUAAAACCCUAUCACAUCACCCACUGCGAUCUGCGUUUGGAGAAUCUUUUGCUAGUAGGCUGUCGGCCAAGCAAAAGCCUUCUGAACCCUGACUCGGCGGAGCUCAACUCCAGUGCUGCUUGCCCCACCCGGCUUUUGGUGAGCAAUUUCUCCCAAGCCAAGCAAAAGAGUCAUAUGGUGGAUCCGGAGAUUCUGAAGGACCAGUCUCGCCUCGCCCCAGAAAUCAUCACCGCCAUGCAGUAUAAGAAAUGUGACGAGUUCCAGACUGGCAUCCUCAUUUACGAAAUGUUGCACCUGCCCAACCCUUUUGAUGAGAAUCCAGAGCUGAAAGAGAAAGAAUACACUUGGGCUGACCUACCCCAAGUCCCUCGCCGGUCACUUUAUUCCCUGGGGCUUCAGAAGCUGGCUGCUUGCCUGCUAAACCCCAACCCAUCCGAAAGGAUCCUGAUCUCUGAAGCCAAGGGCGUCCUCCAGUGUUUGCUUUGGGGUCCUCGGGAGGAUUUGUUUCAGAGUCUCAGGGCCUCUGCUAAACCUUCCCAAAGGGAGGCCGUGCUCCAAAACUGGCUGGACAUCAAACGGACCCUGUUGAUGAUUAAGUUUGCCGAAAAGUCUUUGGACAAGGAAUGUCAAGUCAGCCUUGAAGACUGGCUUUGUUGUCAGUAUCUGGCUUUUGCCACUAUAGACUCGCUCAGUUGCAUAGUGAAAAUUAUGCGGCAGCAUUAGUUUCCUAGGAGUGGUUGCUUCACUUGGAUAAGCCCAAAUCCUUUCCUUCGCACAAAUUUCAUGCUGGGUUAACAUUCUUAUCUAGGUCUUGAGGUCACCAGCACUGAGCAAACAGAUUUGGACAGGAAGUUCCUUUUCCAGUCUUGCAUGCAUGGGAGAGGUCUGAAAACCAUCACACCGCUGUGAGUGGGCGAGGAAGGUGAAAAUGUAGUAAGGAAGCCAUUAUUUCUGAUAUGCUUGUUCUGAAGCAGAGUAGCUAUAAUGACUGCAAACAGAAAUGAGUCAUCCCCAAUCGAGCACCAAAAUCUAAAAAAAAUACGACCUCCCGACCCUCUGAUCUUUGUCAGUUUAUUCAUUUUUUAAUCCAAUUUACUAGACACAUUUCCCGGAUGCAUAGCUUUUACAAGAUUUGGGGAGAGAGUCACAUUCUUGAUCUAGGAGAUUGACAGCAGUGAUUUAAUUGUACUCACUGCCUCCUGAAUAAUUAUCUUUAUAACAGAAAAAAAAACAGAUUGUAGAAUUGAGGGGUGGAAGAAUAGGGGUGGUUUUCCCACUCAGAUUUAGCCUCUGUCCACACCCUUUCCCUGAGUUCUCUGUAAAUGUAUUUUUCCUUUAUUUUGUCAUUUUUUAAUCUGAUUUUUUUCAGAUUUAGUCAUCACCUCAAUAUACUGCCAACUACUUCCUUUAAUGCAGCGAGCAGGUUCAGUUAAGAUUAUUGAUGAAGUGUUAACUCAUAAUGUUGCUAACGAUGUGCAGCAUAAGAACCUAAGGGCAACUGAAGCCCACACAUAUUUUUAAAAAAUUGUCCUUGUAUUCUUACCCAGUUGAUGUGUAUAUUAAAUCAAGGGUUGGUUGCUUUUUGAAAAGUAUUCAGUAUUGCACUGCCAUUUUCCAAAGCAAAGUGAAAGCCAGCUACGCUGACAGCUGCAAAUAUUUCUUAAAGCUCAGCUUGGUGUGAUAAAGUAAGCUGCACAGCUAGAGAUAGGCUUUCCGCAGCCAUGGUUCUGGGAAGGAAAUGGUCACAGGAGCAAAUACAGUGUGAGUUCUCUGAGAGCUGAUUGUUUGGGCAGACACAAUUAAAUUGUGCCCUAUUGCAGUUUCCUUUGGAAUUGACUUCAUAGCUGCUAUCAGGAUUUUUAAGUGAUUACUUUUGAAAUUCCAAAAUUGUAGAGCUAUCACUGAUUCUUACUGAUUCUGAAGAUGUUUUUGCACAUGAAGGUGACUUUAAUAGAGAAAUAUAACUGCCUGAAGGUGUGUUUGGCCUUUAGACCUCUCUCCUGGCUUCCUUAAACCAUCACCUGGCCUUUUCCUGCAGAGACCGUUUAAUCCCACUGUAUCUAAUCUGUCUGCUCAGUAUGGUUAGGGUUGCUUGAAUUAGCUCUGAAACAGAGGAGCUGCUGACCAGUAUUGAAUUCCCAAAUCUGGGGAUGUUUGUUGGAACAUGGAUAGCUCUUGUGUUGAGCCUGUGCUUCUCUUCUGGAUAUAUGUGCAAUUUUUGGAUAUAUUAUAUGAAAAACUGUUUAUGUUUACGUUACAUGACAGAUGUAACCAUAUAUUAGACCUGCCUUCCCUUUUUUUCUUACAAGGCACAUAGAUGCACAAAGUUGUGUGUUUUUCUAUGGAUUGGUGUUUCUGUUUCUUUGUUGUUAAACUGUGACUGAUGUGUUUACUUCAGCCUUUGAGACAAAUAGCCACUUUGAACAGAACAUUGCAGGUUUGGACCAGAAAUUAAAAGAUAAUCUGCAGAAACUA